UUUUUUUUCUGUACAGGUGGAUUGAGGAAUCAAGUUUUUUAUCAUGUUGGUCUUCAUCAAUACAACAAAGUCACAUGGGAAGUGAAGCCAUAUGGGUGUCUGAAGUCACUGAAAGUCUUUAUCACAAUUCACUGGAGGAUUCACACAGGACACAAGUCAUAUCCGUGUUCUAAAUGUUGUUCUGAAUCCUCUUCAACAUCGAUCCCGCCUCAGAGGACAACAAGAGAGAAGUCAUUUCAGUGUUCUGGAAGUGACAAUGGCUUUACAGUAAAGUCCAACCCAUGUAUAUAUAAGAGAAGUCAUUUCAGAAAAUAUUUCUUGUUUGGAAUGUUAUAAAGAUUUACAAUGGAGGCAAAACGUAUCACACACCAGAAGGUUCACACUGGAGAGAAGCUGUAUCAAUGUUCUGAAUGUGACAAAGCUUUUACAUCGAAGUCACAUCUUAUCAUACACCAGAGGGUUCACACUGGAGAGAAGCCAUAUCAGUGUUCUGAAUGUGGCAAAGCUUUUACACUUAAGUCAAACCUUAUGACACACCAGAGGAUUCACACUGAAGAGAAACCAUAUCAAUGUUCUGAAUGUGGCAAAGCUUUUACACAUAAGUCAAACCUUAUGACACACCAGAGGAUUCACACUGGAGAUAAACCAUAUCAGUGUUCUGAAUGUGGCAAAGCUUUUACACAUAAGUCACACCUUAUGAUACACCAGAGGAUUCACACUGAAGAGAAACCAUAUCAAUGUUCUGAAUGUGGCAAAGCUUUUACACAUAAGUCAAACCUUAUGACACACCAGAGGAUUCACACUGGAGAUAAACCAUAUCAGUGUUCUGAAUGUGGCAAAGCUUUUACACAUAAGUCACACCUUAUGAUACACCAGAGGAUUCACACUGAAGAGAAACCAUAUCAAUGUUCUGAAUGUGGCAAAGCUUUUACACAUAAGUCAAACCUUAUGACACACCAGAGGAUUUACACUGGAAAGAAACCAUAUCAGUGUUCUGAAUGUGGCAAAGAUUUUAAACAGAAGUCAUACCUUAUGACACACCAGAGGAUUCACAUUGAAGAUAAACCAUAUCAGUGUUCUGAAUGUGGCAAAGCUUUUACACAGAAGUCAACCCUUAUGACACACCAGAGGAUUCACACUGAAGAUAAACCAUAUCAGUGUUCUGAAUGUGGCAAAGCUUUUACACAGAAGUCAAAUCUUAUCAGACACCAGAGGAUUCACACUGGAGAGAAACCAUAUCAGUGUUCUGAAUGUGACAAAGCUUUUUCACAUAAGCCAACCCUUAUGGCACACCAGAGGAUUCACACUGAAGAGAAACCAUAUCAGUGUUCUGAAUGUGGCAAAGCUUUUACACAGAAGUCAAAUCUUAUCACACACCAGAGGAUUCACACUGGAGAGAAGCCAUUUUAAUGCUCUGAAUGUGACAAAGCUUUUACAGGACGUUCUAACUUGCGAACACACCAAAUGAUUCACACAGGACACAAGUCAUAUCCGUGUUCUAAAAGUCAUAAAUAUUUUACAAUGGAGGCAAAACGUAUCACACACCAGAAGGUUCACACUGGAGAGAAGCCAUAUCAGUGUUCUGAAUGUGACAAAGCUUUUACAUCGAAGUCGCAUCUUAUCAUACACCAGAGGGUUCACACUGGAGAGAAGCCAUAUCAGUGUUCUGAAUGUGACAAAACUUUUACAUCAACGUCAAACCUUACCACACACCAGAAGAUUCACACUGGAGAGAAGCCAUAUCGGUGUUCUGAAUGUGGGAAAGCUUUUACAUCAAAGUCAAGCCUUAUCGCACACCAGAUGAUUCACACUGGAGAGAAGUCAAUUCAGUGUUCUGAAUGUUGCAAAACUUUUACACAGCAUUACAACCUCAUCAGACACGAGAAGAUUCACACUGGAGAGAAGCCAUAUCAAUGUUCUGAAUGUGGCAAAGCUUUUACACAGCAUUACAACCUCAUCAGACACGAGAAGAUUCACACUGGAGAGAAGCCAUAUCAAUGUUCUGAAUGUGGCAAAGCUUUUAUAGGCAAGAGCGAUCUUAUCAUACACCAGAGAAUUCACACUGGGGAGAAGCCAUAUCCUUGUUCUGAAUGUAGCAAAGCUUUUACAUGCAAGAAUGAACUUGCUAAACACCAGAGGAUUCACACUGGAGAGAAGUCAUUUCAGUGUUCUGAAUGUGACAAAGCUUUUACAUUGAAGUCAAGCCUCACCCAACACCAGAAGAUUCACACUGGAGAGAAGUCAUUUCAGUGUUCUGAAUGUGGCAAAGCUUUUACAUUGAAGGCAAACCUUAUCAGACACCAGAAGAUUCACACUGGAGAGAAACCAUUUUAAUGUUUUGAAUAUGAAAAAAUAUACAACCUCUAGAAGCUUAAGCUGAGUAUAAUAGAAAGGGGGUGUACCAUUGUCCAAUAUAUAAUAAAUGGUAAAACUAGGAGAUCGGUCCCCAACCGGUCCCCCAAGACAAGGAGAAAUGGACUAUCUUGGUACUGGCUCAUUUAUCAUAAAUUUCAAGUUGUAUAAUAAAUAAAUAAUUGUAUUAAUACAGAUUAA